CUAACCUGGAGGUGGAAGACGAAGAAGGCGGUGAGAGGCGCGUGCUUGAGAGCGAGAGGGGGGCAGGGAGAGAGAGAGGGAGAGGGGAGGGCGCCCUGGCCCUAGCCGCGCGCGCGGCGAUCGUUGCGAGAGGCCGAGAGUGAGAGAAUUUGGCGCAGCAUUUUGGGGUGUGGGGUUUCCAGGAGCGCGAGAGAUUUCCUCCAGAUUUUGGUGAGAGGGGCCUCGGAUUCCUGGUAGAUGAAGCCGGGAGGGAAGAAUGAGAAAGGAGGCUACCAUGCCGUGCCUCCACCGCCUUCACUGUAUGGUCAGUAUCCGUUCCAGUGCCAGCAGCAAAGCCCGGUGUCCAAGCCCCGGACGAGAUCUGCUGGAGGCACCGAGGAUUUAGCUGCCAGGGAGAGGGAUCGAGAUCGGGAUGGGGAGAAGAAAUUUCGGAAGAGGCCCAGUCGCAAGUCCAAGCAGUUUGUUUCUCCUGACAAUGGAUCAGUUGCAGGAGUGGAGAUUUUUAAGUCGUGUGAUGAGAGGGCGUCGCCGACGAGCAGUCCGGUCUCCCCCAACUUUUCUGUCCAAAGAUCUAGAGAUUAUCACGUCGUCAAGACGCUCUACAAGAACGGGAAGUACUCGGAGCUCGAGUUUAAAGAGUUCACGGAAACGCUGCCACCUUAUGGGCCGGCUCUCAACAACAAUCACGACCAGCCGAGCAGCAGCAAUUCCGUUGCCUUCGUCAGUCCUGGCAAAGGCGCAAGUCCGCUGUCUACACGAUUCUACGGUGAUACAGACACCAAUUUCCAGUUGAUGAAGGAUCCAGUUGCACCACAGAUUUUUCCAGAGCAUUGGUCGCUUCCUAAAGUAAACGAAGCCAUGCAGUCUGGGCGUGUUUUUUCUUGCUCCUUGAGAGUAAAUGCUCACAACCGAAGUGAGGCUUACGCCACAGUCGACGGACUUUCCGUAGAUAUCUUGAUCGAGGGAGCCUGUGCUCAGAAUCGUGCACUUGAAGGGGAUUUAGUUGCACUUGUCCUUGAUCCGCCUAAUUUAUGGCCCAGGAUGAAGGGCCUUAACAACAACCGGACUGAUCGAGUGGUAACUGCGAGUAGUAUAGCUGUGACAAAUCAAAGUUUCAGUAGUGGUGAAGGCGUACAGGUUUCUAGAGAGAUACGUCUAGAAGAGGAGGUAGUCAUAGAAAGUGUUGGAAGAAGCAACCAGGUUGUAGAAAGUAGUGAGGAUUCGAGUAGUUUACUGACAGGCACGGGGUCGACGGCGCUAGAAAAAGUUCAGGCAUUGCUCCAAGCUACACCGGGUAAAAGGCCUACUGGGAAAGUAGUGUCUAUCUUAUCAAAGUCUCGCCGGCGUGAUGCGGUGGUCGGAUUUCUCUCUGUCAAGUUCCAGCCGCCAACGAGAAAUCAGAUGGUUCUCACUCCAGUUGAUGCCAAGUUUCCGAAGAUGGUGGUUUUACCUGACAGCCUUCCGGAAGUUAUAGCUCAAAGGUUGCGGGACGGGGAUCGUAAGAUGGGGAAUGAGCUUUUAGCAGCGUGUGUUGAUCGCUGGGACUGUAACAGUCCUUAUCCUCUCGCGAUCAUCACACAUUGCUUGGGACAAGCUGGGGAACUAGAGGCACAGACAGCGGCUAUUUUAUUCGAGCACGCGGUUCACAGUGCCGAGUUCCCUCCGGAGGCGAUGGCUUGUCUUCCUCGUGUUCCGUGGAGUAUUCCGGAGAAGGAGCUACAGAGACGAAGGGACUUGCGCUCACGUAGAGUGUUCACAAUCGAUCCAGUCACUGCCAGGGACUUGGACGAUGCACUGUCGGUGGAGCAUCUUGGGGAUGGUUUAACGAGAGUUGGAGUACACAUCGCAGAUGUUUCUUACUUCGUCCAUGCUGGCUCGGGUUUAGACAAAGAAGCGCAGCAGCGGUCGACGAGUGUGUACUUGAUCCAACAGGUGCUUCCAAUGCUUCCUCGGCUGCUCUGCGAGGAGCUCUGCUCGCUACAGCCCGGAGUAGACAGGUUAGCGUUUUCGGUGAUGUGGGAUCUAGAUUCAACAGGACAGAUUGUCAAGCAGUGGAUAGGUAGAACUGCGAUCAAGUCAUGCUGCAAGCUAAGUUAUGGUGAUGCCCAAGAGAUCGUUGACGGGACUUUCAGCGAGAAACCAGGUCUUUCGGGAAAUUUCAGCUGGCAGGAAGUGGCCGCUGAUAUCAAGACUUUGUACAACAUUGCCAAACAGCUAGAAGAGAGUAGAAUUAGGGACGGAGCACUACGUCUAGACACUGGAAAGCUCGUCUUUGCUCUAGAUGGGGAUGGGAAUCCCCACGAGACCAGCUUCUACGAGCAGAUGGAAUCCAACAAGCUGGUGCAGGAGUUCAUGCUUCUGGCUAACGUGAGCGUCGCCAAAGUGAUAUCGAGAGCGUUCCCCGACUGUGCACUCCUGAGGCGUCAUCCUGAACCGAGCUCACGUAAGCUUCUCGAGUUCCAAGAGUUUUGCAAGAAGCACGGGUUUGUGCUGAAGACGGACUCUUCGGCGGACUUGCAUGCGUCCCUGGAAGUACUGAGGGAGGAGCUCAAGGACGACCCGGUUCUUCUCAGCAUCGUUACACUCUACGCCACCAAACCGAUGCAGGUGGCGAAGUACUUUUGCACGGGCCGGGACAAGGACGGUGACUGGGGUCACUACGCCUUGGCCAUGCCUGUUUACACGCACUUCACAUCUCCGAUUCGAAGAUAUCCCGACAUCGUCGUGCACCGGACACUGUCAGCCGCUCUCGAGGCCGAAAAGUUGUUGAACAAAAGCCUCACAGGUCCCGAGGAUUUGGUCUCAACCAAGGACUAUGAGGUACUCCAGUUGGCUGCUUCAAAGCACAGGAUCUCUGAUCCCGCUGAGAUGGCUUUGGUUGCGGACCAUUGCAACGAAAGGAAAAUGGCAAGCAAGAACGUUCAAGAGGCGACUGACAGGCUCUACCUGUGGACUAUGCUACAGAGAAGAAAGGGUUUGUUAUCAGAUGCGUGCGUUGUUGGCCUGGGACCAAAGUUCAUGUCGCUGUACGUCUCCAAAAUCGCGAUGGAGCGCCGUUUAUACUACGACGAAGUAGAGGGUCUCAAGGUAGACUGGCUCGAGAACACUGGCACACUGGUUCUGGAUUACUGCCGCCCGAGGCAACACUCUCGGAAGGCCAAGAGCCGAAGCAUCUCUGACGUCGCAGUUGUGUCCAAUCCGGCAAUGGAUCCUGACGACGAGACUGGUAAUCUCGACAGCUUAACCAUGAUCGAGCCAGAAGCCAUGCCUCUCACCCUUCGCUUGUUCUCACACAUCCCAGUUCUUAUCCAUGCUCUCGGUGGUGAUAGCUCCCCUCUCGACAUAGGUGUUCGUGUCUACGUUACCUCAUACUUAUUCUCCUAGCUAUCUUUCUUUUUUUUCUUCUUCUCUCCACUACCUCUUACAACGUACCUUGUUUCCUUUCUCUUUGGUUCUUUGUUGUCUCUUCGUUUUUCGUUCUCUCUUUUCUUGCUCCUUUGUUUUCCCUGUACAGCUCUGCUAAGUACUACUUGUAGAAUGGGAGAAGUAAAAUAAUCCUGCAGUGGAAGAGAGAACUAAGACGAGGAAGAGUUUGAGAGAGCCCGGGUUUUUUUUCUUCUUCGUGGCUCGCUCGCUCUCUUCUUUUGUCUCUCCUCUGCGUAACGAGGCAGGCUUGUUUUACUACUCUGGACAAGAGUUCCGCGUUUUAGUAGGUGCUCUACUCCAGCUCUUAUCGUUGUUGGCCGUACGACCUUGAUGGCCCGCUUAAAACUUUUAUGGAAAUAAACAAAUAAAUAAGAAAAUUCAAAGUUACAUUAUUUUUA